UUCCUAGUCACAUGACAGUUGACAAAAAACGUACUUCCUGUUUCMAGUAAAACAUUUCGAGACAUGCAUAUCCACGAAGUGUUCAUAUGAAAAAUGAAGUCCCCAUGGAUCKCAUGCUGCCUAGGUCUACUGUUGUUGUUUGACGUGUGCAAUGCCUUGAAUGGUGACAAAAGGCCGAAUUUUGUCCUGAUGAUGGUCGAUGACUUGGGGAUUGGAGACUUGGGCUGCUAUAGGAACACUACCUUGCGGACCCCCAACAUCGACAUGCUGGCUCAGGAGGGGGUGAGGCUGACGCAGCACAUCGCUGCUGCCCCCCUCUGUACGCCCAGCAGGGCAGCCUUCCUGACGGGCCGAUACCCAAUACGAUCUGGUAUGGCCGGCCUUGGACGGUUAGGGGUUUACAUCAUCUCUGCUGCAUCUGGCGGUCUUCCCAGUGAAGAAGUCACCUUUGCCAAGGUGGCCAAACAACAGGGCUAUGAGACUGCUCUCAUAGGAAAAUGGCACCUUGGUCUUAACUGUGAGAGGAACGACGACUUCUGUCACCACCCCAGUGCGCACGGCUUCGACCACUUCUACGGUAUAACCCUGACCAACCUACGUGACUGUCAGCCCGGCCACGGCUCCGUCUUUACCAAUGUCCAAGCACACAUACCCUUCAAGACCCUGGGAGUGGGUGUGGCUACCGUGACCCUCCUGCAUGCGAGGGGUGUGGUCACCGUGCGGAGGAAGUUGGUGCUGAGCGUGGUGGCGUUGGUGGGCGCGGCGGCGGCCAUCUUUGGCACAUUCGUCGCCACGUUCCCCUACUUCAACUGCUUCUUGAUGAGGAACCGGGAAGUGGUGGAGCAGCCGUAUGUCUCGGAGAACCUGACCCAGAGAAUGACAGAUGAAGCGGUGGACUUUUUAGAAAGGAACUCUGCACUACCCUUCCUGUUGUUCUUCUCCUUCAUCCAAGUGCACACGGCCAUGUUUGCAUCGCCAGCCUUCCGGGGGACCAGUCAGCACGGUAUCUAUGGAGACGCCGUCCACGAAGUAGACUGGAGUGUGGGUCAGCUCAUGCAGACUCUGGACCGGUUGAACCUGAGGGAGAACACACUGGUUUACCUGACCUCAGACCAGGGGGCGCACCUUGAGGAGAUCUCAGUCCGGGGGGAGGUUCACAGAGGCUGGAACGGGAUAUACAAAGUGGCUGCAGCCCUGCUGCUCCUCCCUGUCCCAGCUCUGCAGGUGUGAGAGAGAUGGUGGGAGACGGGGUCACCGGGGCACUGCGGCGGCAGAGGCAGACUCUCCACAGGACCAGCACAUCAUUGCUUAACACUGCGGGGAGGGUAACGUAGGAACCUAGAACCAAUCUUUUAGUAUGUAUGUAAACAAUCUGUGACAAGAGACAAAUGGCAGGGAAAAUAKCCCCARUUAAAAA